AUGUCGUAUAUGCUCCCGCACUUGCACAACGGCUGGCAGGUGGAUCAGGCCAUCCUUUCGGAGGAGGACCGCGUGGUGGUCAUUCGCUUUGGACACGACUGGGACCCCACCUGCAUGAAGAUGGACGAGGUGCUCUACAGUAUAGCCGAGAAGGUUAAAAAUUUUGCAGUUAUUUAUCUUGUGGAUAUUACAGAAGUGCCUGACUUCAACAAAAUGUAUGAGUUAUACGAUCCGUGUACUGUCAUGUUUUUCUUCAGGAACAAGCACAUCAUGAUUGACCUGGGUACUGGUAACAACAACAAGAUCAACUGGGCCAUGGAAGACAAACAGGAAAUGAUAGACAUCAUCGAGACUGUGUACCGGGGCGCCCGGAAAGGUCGCGGCCUGGUCGUGUCUCCGAAGGACUACUCCACGAAGUACAGAUACUGAGCUCAGCCCAGCCUCCGUGCACAGAAAUGGUGUGCAGUCGUUUUCAUGUGGAAAUAUUGGAAACUAUUUAAAGCCUUAG